UGUGAGAGCACAAUUUGAUGUAAACAAAUCCUUGCUAGCAGCUGAAGUUUAGUAUUAGUAGAAUUUCUCGCUUUUCUCAGCGUGUCAGUCUGUUUGACAGCUGGAGGAGACAGUGGAAAAACACCUAAAUCACCACUGUUGGCAAAGGAAAGGCGCACUGAAGAAUCAUGGACGUGGACGACCAGCAGGGAAAUUGGCACGACGAUUUCACCACUGCCUCGCAGUGGGAAAUUUUCAUUGCUCGAAUCGAAGAAUCAAUUUACGAUUGGAAGUUGCCCCAGCUGAAAAUUUCAGACAACGUAAAAUUCAGGAAAUCAACUUUCAAGGUCGCUGGAAAACUAGAAUUUUUGGAGCAUAACCUACAAUUUUCUGACACAGACUUCGUACUUCGUUACUUUUACCGCAACCUACCUGAUCCUGAGGAUGGCAAUGAAGCCACUCCUCCGCCCGAAGAGAAGGACGAAAGCAGGUUGUGGGGCCAGGAGCUCAUUGAGAGUGACAUUUUAGACGAUGACGCAGAGAAGGGAAUAACAGGAGUCCACUCCAUCGAGCAGUGGUAUGGGGUAAGCAGAUUUUUGCUGCUUACUCCUGCCCAGAGCUAUGCGUCCAUCGUCUCCGAGUCCAAAGCCAAAUUACUCCUGAGCUCAGCCAAAAUUGCCAUCAGCAACUCCAAGUGUCCCAUUCCAAUAUUUGUGCAAGUGCAUCAGCCUCAUCAGCAGUACUUCCUGGGCACCUGGCAGGGUCCAGGCAUGCAAACAAACUUCACCAUGGUUCACCUGCGACAGGCUCCCAAGCAUUGCAAAUAUCUCACAGGUUUGCUUGACAUCUUGAAAGGCAAGCUUGCUGCGAUUAGUCAAUCUCCGGCACACUCAAUGGCUACCCCGAUUGAAAUUUCGGCUAGAAUUCACUUUGUGCUCAAAGACUGGCCAAUGAACGAGUGGAUGCAGUCACCUCCUGACUUUGAGCUGCUGCACGGCCAAGUCGGUGUGGAGCACAUAGGCAAACUGCCUUUUGGAGCAGAAGCCGAUCCUUUGAGGGAAAUUCAUCUGCUGGCCCAAUGGCGCUCCCUGCCCGAAGGUGUGCUCGUCGACCAUGAUGGUUACUCUGACCUGGCGCCAGGUCUCGCGUCACGAUGGACCCUGGAGGCGCACAUGGCGGACCCGGCGCCAGGCUUGCUCGCUAAGUCUCUCGGAAGGCUUCUGAAUUUGUGCGUCUCCAGCGCCACUAUGAGGCAGCUUUUAGGGGAUCUCGUUUCAUUCAGCCCAGACAACUGCGUUUCGUAUGUGGAUUCCCUGAAUGCGCUGACAGAACCAAAGGUUUCUAGCUGGUCCAAGUUGGUGCCAAGCAGCUUCAAGUCUGGCAGCAGCUCUAGUUCGCAAGGACACAAUUCUUCUGGCCCGAUUCCGCACCAAAUGCUUAUGACCAUUCUCUACUAUCUCUUUCCUGAUGCUGACUCUAAUGGACCGGUCAACCCCUAUCCGGACACUUUUGAGAAAGAUGAAGCUCCUAAAAUCACCAGUUUCAAAGAGAAAGGGCACGUGCAAUUUAAAUCUUGUCCCCUGGACAGCCUUGUUUGGCGCCUUGCGAUCGUGACUGCUCUUGUGGCUGACGCCUCUCACGGCGGUCUGCGCUCCGCAGCCCAUCUUUGGCAUGAGGUGUGCCAGGAAAUGAGGUACAGGUGGGACCACGGCAUUACCAUUCCAGGACUGGCUGCCGGCUGUCCAGACCUCAGAUCCUGUCUCCUUUAUCAGAAGUUGCAGAUGCUCAACUACUGCAUCGAGCGGCGCCAGGAGAGGGAGCGGCGGGCCCGCGCGCACAAGGACGACCAUUCGGACAGCGAGUUCCAGGAGGUGGCCGAUGAUUCGAGCGAGGAGGAGGACGACGAGUUCUUCGAGUGCGACAACGAAAUGGAGCAAGAGCCGCGACGCAAGAAGCACCAGCACUCGCUGUGGGACAAGCCCGAGGGCCGGCUGAGCAAGGACACGUCCCUGAUGCUCAUCGAGACCAACGAACCUCUCUACAUUCCCAUCACCCAGGAACCGCCGCCGAAAACGGAAGACCAGCGGCACGAGGAUGCGGAGAUCCUGAUGAUGCUGGGCGAUGAUCUUCAGGGAUCAGAACUGCGCGCUCAAAUCAUGAGUCCGCUCCUCUUGUCCGAUAUGGAAUCGUUUAAGGCUGCAAACCCUGGCUCGUGUCUGGGAGACUUUGUCCGCUGGUACUCACCCAGAGACUGGAUCGAGGAGGAGAACAAACUCAGUCCGCGCAUGCUGAUCGAAGGCAACACGUGGCAAGAGCUGUGGUCGGCCGCCAAACCGGUGCCGGCUAGCAGGCAGAAGAGACUCUUCGACGACACCAAAGAAGCCGAAAAGGUGCUGUCAUUCUUCGAGAACCACAAGCCGGCCGACGCCCUUUCGAUGUUGCUGCCCGCCCUGCUGCACGCCGCCAUCAACCGUCUGGGCGAGGAAUGGUUGGAGGACCUGACGCCUUUGUCUGUCUUCAACUCUCUUCAGGAAAAGGCUGGCCGCCUCACCAUGGGACUCACGCCCAAGCACAAAGAAUACUCUCGUUUUGUAGAUCUGAUUGGCGCCGAAGAAACGAAAAUCGCGCAGCUCAAGUCGCUGCAGGAGAAGUUCGCGGACGAAAGCUUUGCCGAGAAGGAUGAGUUGCUGGGCACUUUCCUCUGUGACCUGCUGCAGCACAAGCAGGUGGAGGUGCCUGACGGACCAGACGGCGUUUUUGGGCUGAAAAUCAGGAACAUGUUCCUCCAAGCGCAAAAGGCGGCCCACUUGAUUCCGGACGGGGGCGAAGAAAAGGUGAACCACUCGCAUGCGUUCCCUGCGCCAAGCGAACGGGAGUUUCUGCUGCGCGUGAAAGCUUGCGUGCCUUCACCCUCCUCCACCCCUUCGCCGCAGCGGCUGUACGCGGUCAUCAACGACCACUCCUUCAGGUUAUCUGGUGCAUUUUCCCACGAUACAGUUUUCUUCUAAGGCUCACACGAAAAUUAUUAUUUGCUCUUUACGAUUCCAACAGUUUAUUAAUGUACCCAUAGGCUUACAAACAUAAAUUUUCGUCUGUUAAAAUAUGCUGUGAUGAUACAAAUAUAUAUAUUUGUUUGAUAUC